CUCCGAUCCGUGACUCGUGCCCCGUGCCUCGUGACUUGUGACUCGGACUUGCUCAUACCUUUCUCGGCCACUCUCCCACUCCACUCCACUCCACUCGACGCGACUCGACUCGACUCGACUCGACUCUCUGAUCGACGAGCAUGUCUUCACGACGACCCACGCAUCGCGGACCUCAGCUAUCGCUCUCCGCAUCGAUCGACUUGGAUGUGGAAGGCGGCGCGAAUGCUAGGCUGGACGAAUCUUACGAUGCGGGUUGGAGGACGGAGGAUUUGCCAUGGUCUGCCAAAGGUCCAGCUAGCAGCCUGCCCUCAUUGAAUAUGGUCGAGAGCGCCAAAGCUCACCUCAGCUGGGCCAGGGAUGGAUGGGUGGACGGCAUGCGCUGGUCAGAGGCUGCGCGCGUCAUUCGCAGAUCGCCCGACGUUCGCAACGGUCUGGCCAAGGGAUCCAUCUUGUCCCUCGCAGUCGUCGGCGCCAUCUUCUUCUUCGAAAUCGCAUUCUUUCCCUCGCACCUCUUCCAAAGGCAGCAGGGCGAAUCAGCGACGGGAUUCGGUCAUGUCUUUUUCCUCUACCCGCUGCUGGGGCUGUGCUACUUUUUGGCUGCCAGCUGGACUGUGGAUGUGGCCAAUGCAGUGUACGCCAUUAGGAGGGGCAAUGUUGGUCAUCUGCGAGGAAUGAGCGUUGGCGUGGCCGAUGCCGUCAAGCUGCCAGCGGGCACAUCUCGACGCAUCUUGGAAGAAUCAUAUCGCGUCAUCUUGGUGCUCAACUACGUCCUCAUUUGCUACCUGCUCGAUCUUGUGCCGUACAUUGGCAGACCGUUGGCCUUCUUCUUCAUGAGCUUCAUAGAUGCUUACUAUUGCUUCGAACAAGCGUGGAUCGCACGCGGAUGGAGUUUGGAUAGGAGGAUGAGAUAUGCAGAGUCUAGGUGGGCCUACUUUGUAGCCUUCGGACUGCCCUCCACACUAGUCAGCUUUUUCCACCCCAGCCCUUUGCUCAACGUGAUGCUCUUCAUGGUCUGCUUUCCAUUUUGCACCGUCCUUGCCAUGCUCGCAUCGCCCCAGCCUCGUGUGGCACCUACGGGCGGAAGCGCAAUGACACCAACGUCUGCCGGAGGUGCAGGAAUGUCGGGAGUCGCGCAGCUGUCCAGACUGCUGCCCCCUCGAUUGCCGAUAUUCUGGUUGACUAUACAUGCUCAUCGAUUACUAUUGAAGGCCUUUCCACCGCCACCGGAGAGAGGCUACGUGCCGCCAGUGCCGAAUCGUUGGGGCAAUUCGCGCAAUGCCACUCCUGCGAGUAGGAUGUACGGUGGUGUCGGAAUGGGCAUGGACUCGACUUCGUCCGGCGUGGAUGGACGCAGAAGCGCAGCGCAAGUUGUUGGAGGGGCGUGGGGCGCGGCGCCAACAGCAGCAGCGAAUGGGGCCGCGACGCCCCCACAUGCGAACGGCGCUUCGCCCUUUGUAGCAGCACCGCAUGUCAAUGGCGCGUCGCACAUCCCACCGCCGCCAAAGGGACCACCGAGGUUGACGCCAGGCAAGAAAAAGGAGUGA